UGCACCCCCAUACUUUUGCCCUUUUCCACUUCAGUCCUCAUAAAUUAUAAAACCUCCCAUUUCUCCAAAACCCACUCCACAGAAAAGAAGAAAACGCAGAGCUUCUCUUCUCCGGCAUCCAUGGCCGCCGCACUCACGAAGACCAGCCGCCUCAAGGCCCAGAGCUUUCAUACCUCAAACUACUUCCUCUCCAAAAGGGGCCUCAAAUUCUCCACACCCGACCCGGUUACCAGCACACGCGACCACCAACACAAACGGGUAACCGUUUUCACGCGCUCCAUUUUUAGGAAGGCGAAAGAGACGGACUUUUCUACUCCGAUCUCAAUUUCUUCUAAAUUCUCGUCUAGGGCUUCGUCUUCUUCCGAAAAAUCCGGGCUUGUGGGCUGGUACUUGGAGAUGCUCCGGACCCGACCCGUUUCCACCAAAUGCAUCACAUCGGCCCUCAUUUACGCCGCCGCCGAUAUUUCCUCACAGACGAUUGUGAGUGAGAAUUUGGAGGAGGGCUAUGAUUUGAAAAGGACUUUGCGUAUGGCUGGAUAUGGGUUGGUGAUAUUGGGUCCUUCAGUGCAUUAUUGGUACAAUUUCAUGUCUAGAGUGUUUCCAAAGACUGAUCUUUCAUCGACUUUAAAGAAAAUGGCUUUGGGGCAGACGACUUAUGGUCCGGCCAUGACUGCCGUAUUCCUAUCUACGAAUGCUGCUUUACAAGGUGAAAGUGGUUCGCAGAUUGUUGCCAGGUUGAAACGUGAUUUGCUCCCGACAAUCAUAAAUGGUGUAAUGUACUGGCCGUUUUGCGAUUUUGUGACGUUCAAAUUUAUCCCGGUUAAUUUACAGCCACUGGUAACCAACUCAUUUUCGUACCUAUGGACCAUUUACAUGACUUACGUAGCAAGCUUAGCUAAAGUCGGCACAAGUUUUGUUGAUCCAUUUUUGUUCUGGACGGACUUCGCCUUCUUCCGAAAAAUCCGGGCUUGUGGGCUGGUACCUGGGGCUGGGGAUGCUCCGGACCCGACCCGUUCCACCAAAUGCAUCACGUCAGCCCUCACUUACGCCGCCGCCGAUAUUUCCUCACAGACGAUGGUGAGUGAGAAAUUGGAGGAGGGCUAUGAUUUGAAAAGGACUUUGCGUAUGGCUGGAUAUGUGUUGGUGAUAUUGGGUCCUUCACUGCAUUAUUGGUACAAUUUCAUGUCUAGAGUGUGUGCAAAGAAUGAUCUUUUGUCGACUUUAAAGAAAAUGGCUUUAGGUCAUGACUGCCGUAUUCCUAUCUAUGAAUGCUGCUUUACAAGGCCGUUUUGCGAUUUUGUGACGUUCAAAUUCGUCCCGGUUCAUUUGCAGCCACUGGUAACCAACUCAUUUUCGUACCUAUGGACCAUUUACAUGACUUACGUAGUAAGCUUAGCUAAAGUCAACAAGUUGAGAUGGUUUAUUCGCCGAGCAAAUAUCGCCAUUUUCUGA